AUGAAUGGAGCCGAAAUAAGCGAUGGAGGACUUGGAACAGAAUGCGGCGAUUUGGGAAACGUCGAAAUCUCUCCGGGGGCGUCAUCCGAGCACCGCAAGGCCUGUGAGCAUCACUGCGAUACCAACUGCUCCAACUUUGAUUUCAUCCUGAACGGGGUCAUACAACGGCUUCUUAUUGAAUACGAAUCAAGCAACUUCAAGGCUCUGCUCGAAGGUUACAAACGGGAAACUAAGCGAGGAACGCAUCCCUUGUGCGUGAGAGAAGUGGAUUUGUACUUGGUCUCAGCGGCUGUGGAGUGGGCAGGAGAUAGAGCAGACUACAUGCAGUUUUGCUCUCGUCUGAUUACACGAAGUCAGCAGGCACCGAGAACGAGCGAAAGCAGUCGAGCAGAUCCGAACCGAGAAUUGUCCAGUAAAAAAUACUACGAUGAACUGUGGGCCAAAGUUUGCGACAACUCGCAGGUACUCCCAGUUUCCGAGGGGAGCGAAGCUUUGUUGGCCGAGCUCACCAGCAAGUCGUGGCUAUCUCCAAGAUCUGGGCGCGAUGUCGAGAAUGUCAGAAAAGAAAAAGACCCUCCUGACUCUGCCUAUGUUUCUGCAUCUCGACAUGACAGUUCGUGUGCGACGACAGUUCCCGGCACUGUUGAGUUUGAUAGUCUUGGGAAUUGCGACAUGCACACAACUUUUUCAUCAGCCUCCAGCGUCUCCGAUGGUAGAAUAGAAAACUAUAUAUCGGUCCUCUGUGAGGAAAUUUAUCGUGCCCUGCAACGGGAAUUCGAUCACCUUAAAUGGGUCAAAGUAUCGGAGAAGCUUCCCGAGCUGUUGAAGGCGUUUGCUCUCAAACUUGGCGACGCUGAAGGCUCCAAACAGCACUGGGAGAUAAUGUACUUCGUUUAUCAACGCCACAGUGAUAUAGCAAGUCACUUGCAGUCGCUCUUUGACUGUAAGACCGCGAUUCCAGAGAAUGGUGGUCCCAGAGCAAUGUCCUUGGAGGAUAAAAUGUUCUUGUGGGAGCAAAAGACUGUGGGAAACAUUCCUACCUUCAAGCCAGGCGAAUUAUUUGAAGGCAUCCCAGAAGAACCGAUUAUCCGCACAAGUGAUGUUGCAACCUACAAAUCGCUCAUACUCGAGAACUCAGCAUAUGGGUGGCUUCUCUCGAGUUUGAAGCAAAAUUCAGUCCUAGAAAUGGAGACUUCGGCUCAAACUCGCAUUCAUGAAAAGGUUGUCCGGCAACUCCCUACCGGUAGAAUGAGCAGGCACUCAGCGCCACGGAUUCAUCGAUGCAGGAUCGACUUCCAAUGGGGCCCAGCUGCUUACCGUCAUCACCUUCUUGAAGACUAUAAUGACCCCUUACGUGACCUAGACGCAAAAAGGGUCCUUGUAGCGUCCUCAUCAUACGUUCAAGUGGUAACUGUGAAGCAAUAUUUUAAGCAAACCUGGUCAUUUAAUGGACCGAGUUUUCUGGAUGCUUUUCUCGUUAUUGCGAAUCUUGCUCCUGGCACGAAAUACUCGGGCGAACUGCCCGAUAAAACAAGACUAAGUGCCAAUGCUGUGAACAAGCAGUUCCAGGUAACAGUAUCUGGUUCUGCAGCUUCCGUUGCGGAAUGUGCUGAACAGCUCGCCUGGUUGAUGGCCGCUCUGCAAUCAUCAUCCCGAAAUUCCUUGGCCACUUGUCACCCAUUCAUCGAGAGCAACUCUACGCAAGUCCCAACACAGCGAAUUGGGCCCACCGCCCACUUCAGUAUAUGUCCAAACAUCAUUCAAAAGCCUGCACUAGCUCCAGUGUUACGUGAAUGGCAGGAAUGCCUUGGAAUGCCACCCCUUGUCGUAGGAUUUCCUGUUCUUACGCGGCCCGACGGCUGUGAUGGACUUGAAAUGCAUUCUCUCUCCGACCUACUUGCCUUCUGUAACGCAUCGGAUGUAACACUCAUUGAGGGGGCUAUUUUCAUUGAAGGCCGGAAGACUGUAUUGUUUCUGUCCCAGACAAUUGGAAACAUCCUAGUCUGGAUGAACGCAGAUCGAGGCGAUAUCAACCCCUCGGGCUUUAGUCGUAUAACGGUCUCUGUGAAAGGACUUCUAGAAGAGGGGCGUCACAUAUACGAUCCAAGGCCGUCGAAAGUAUCACUUCGUUCUGGUAGCGGUGUCUCCGACUCCAAACCCAUCGCGUUUGACCAGGGAUGUAAUGCGAAAAACGGACAGCGCUUGAGUGUGAGCCGUAAUUCAUCCUCGGAGUAUCUCGACUCGGAUAUUUUAUCCUUGGAAGAGUCAUCUGAUAGUAUGCAAUCUUUGAGUUUGGGCGAGUCUGGUAAUCACCUUCUGGACGGUUGCUUUGAGCGGCUAUGGUCUGAGUUUCGAGGUGCAAACCCUGGCCACAAACAAGAAAGUGGCAGUGGUGGCAAUUCAACCUUGAAAACAACAUCCAGUGAUACGACUAAAUCCAACGCUAAUCAAGCAAAAAGACGCAAGAGAGCCCUGCCCCCUGAUGGCGCCGACGAUGGGGAGCCCAGCCCAUCUAAGCAGCCAUGUAAAAGGCUAAACUCCGAGGUCGAGGGAAAGCAUUGGGCCUGUCCGUUUUGGAAGAAGAAUGCCGACCAUCACCGUGCCUGCUUUAAGUACAAACUCGUGAGAGUGCAGGACGUAAAGCAGCAUCUAGCUAGGAAGCAUACUCCGAAAUUCUACUGUGAGUGUUGUCUUGCAAUUUUUGCAGACGCUGAACACCAUAAGGAGCAUGUCACCCACGCAAAUGGGGACUAUUGCCAACGAGAUCCAACAGCUGAACUGCAAGGGAUCUCGCAUCAGCAAAGUCGAGAGCUUUCUACAAAAUCAAAGAAAUAUCUGUCUGAAUCGGAGAGAUGGUAUCACAUUUGGGCCAUUCUUUUCCCAGGGAUUCAGGGGCCAAGAUCGCCAUAUAUGGAUUCUGAGCUUUCAGAGGAUAUGUGUGCCUUCCAGGAAUUCUUUGAUCGCCGAGCCCAAGGCAUUCUAGCUGAGGAGCUUGAAAGCGAUCCAUUCUUGGCCAGUGCGUCCAUGUCAAGCGUCCAGAGGCACCAGAUCCAAAACCUUUUUGUACGCGGAGUCAACAGAGUGUUUGAUUCUUGGAGGAAUACAAGAGGCCCAAUUUUGGGAAGUGAUGCAGUUCCAAUUCCUUCCGCAGAUAGCGGCCUUGAUAUUAGAGGUCGUAGCUCUCUAGGAACUUCUCAAGUGUUGGUUGGCGAACACAGCAUGGCGUCAUCCGAAUUCAUCUCUAUUCCUAUGGGAAUGCCACAGGGCUCCCCGUAUAAUGGACUGCCACAAGGUUCUCCGUAUGGUGGAGCAACACAGAGCUCUCCGUAUGGUAACCAGUCCGAGAACCCGCCUUCAACAUUUGCCUUUUCGUAUAUCGGGACAGAGGCGAGUUUUCCUGGUGAUUCAGACUUUUGUUUCUCUACCAGCGAUCUACUUCAGGAUACAGGUGAAGAUUAUUUCAACACCGAGCCAUAG